AUGGCGUGUGUCAACAACGAAAAACAUCCUGAAACGCAAGAACCCAGUAUUGAUACAGACAAACUGAGCUACGAGAUUUUUUCAAUAUUAGAGAGCAAGUUUUUGUUUGGUUACGAUGACCAGAAACUUUGGGUUCCCAAACAAAUUGUUCCUGCGAGUGAACAACCCAAAAAUGACGUUGUAUUCACCGCCUCAUUCGACGACGACGGCGUUCAAGCGGUCAAAAAUCAGAGAGGAAAAAUCUGCAUUUUGAGCAUUGAUGGUGGUGGAAUGAGAAGCAUCAUAUCGGGCAAAGCAUUGGCGUAUCUGGAAACUGCUUUAAAGAAUAAGUCUGGAAAUCCAGACGCCAGAAUCGCCGAUUACUUUGACGUCGCCGCAGGCACCGGCGUCGGUGGAAUUUUCACAGCGAUGCUCUUUGCCACCAACGAUCGGAAUAGACCGGUUUUUCACGCCGAUGAAACGUGGAAAUUCCUCGCUGCGGAGGGCAAAAAAAUCUAUCACUCCUCAAAAUCAAAUCAUCCUAAGGCUAAUUUCUUCAAGCGAGCCUUUAAUAAAAAAACCGGCAGUGAUAACGCCACCACCGGUUUAGAGAUGGCGAUGAAGGCGGCUUUCAAAGAUGAAAAAACCGGCCGGAAUUUAACGCUGAAGGACACAUUAAAACCGGUUUUAAUUCCGUGCUACGAUCUUUCUAGUACGGCGCCGUUUUUGUUUUCCCGAGCCGACGCUCUGGAAUCGGACGGCUACGAUUUUAAGCUGUGGGAAGUUUGUCUAGCCACGUCAGCCGAGCCGGGCGUGUUCGACCCCGUUUGCAUGGAGUCAGUUGACGGGUCGACCCGCUGUGUGGCGGUGGACGGCGGGUUGGCGAUGAACAAUCCGACGGCAGCGGCUAUUACGCACGUGCUGCAUAACAAACAAGAGUUUCCCUUUGUGAGAGGAGUUGAGGACAUUUUGGUACUUUCACUCGGUUCGUGUGGGCAGCUAUUGGAAGGGAGCUUCGACUUCGACCAAGUCAAGAAAUGGAAGGCCAAGGAUUGGGCUCGGCCCUUGGCUCGGAUUUCGGGUGAUAGUUCGGCCGAGCUGGUUGACCAUGCCGUGGCUAUGGCAUUCGGCCACAGCCGGAGUGGUAAUUAUGUUCGAAUCCAGGCAAAUGGAUUGAGUUUUGGCCGUUCUGGGGCGAAUGUCGACACAGAUCCCAGUCCUAGCAAUGUAAAAAUGCUAGCUGGAAUAGCUGAUGAAAUGCUUAAACAGAAGAAUGUAGAAUCCGUUCUCUUUAGUGGUAAGAAGAUAGGAGAACAGAUCAAUCUUGAGAAACUCGACUUAUUUGCUGAACAACUUCAACAAAGUAGGAAAAACAAUGUAAAUCAUGGAAGAAGUUGGACAAUAAAAAUUAGCGAAGGAUUGGCUGAAGAAAGGCACAGGAAGCAGAAUACUGUGACUAGAUACAAACGCGAAACAGAGAUUAUAGCCCGAGGUCGCCGUGAUCCUUGCGUUGUUUCGCAAGGUGUUCCAGUUGUGGAAGCCAUGGUAGCCCUGGUGCUCGUCGAUCAGUUAAUGGCCCAAUAUUCGCAAUGCAUGUUGUUCCCUAUUAAUCCGGCAUUGCAAGAACCUCUCCAACUAUCGAAGGAUAAGGAGUUGCAGAGGCUUCUUUGUCUGUACGCCGUAAACAGAGUUAUUAGUCGACAUGCCACCUGCCAGCCAUUAGGAAAUUGA